CAUGCGCCCUCGGGUGCGCGCAGACCCAGCGGCGGCGGCGUCGAAGCCUUCUGGGUUACCGGAUUAGGUGCGAAGGCUCAGACACCUACUACCCUCGGGGCACGCUUGCGGCUCUUUUCGUUGAGAAACGAUUUGGCGAUCACGUGAAAGAUGCAUGCGGCCUCGUGACGUCACGGUACUCGGACCAAUGGGAGCCUCUGUUUAUGUAGAGGCCCCGGACUACUAACGCCCCCGCCCGCUCCGAAGGAGAGAGCGGAGCGUGAGUGGGCGGAAGCGCGCUGGGAGGGCUGCGCGGGUUGCCCUCUGCAGCCGCGUCUCCGCCAUCCCCUCGCCGUCCCGGGGCGUUGUACGUCUCCUUCCGGGACCGAAGCCGCCCGCAGCAGUGGGCAGCCCCAGCCGCGCCCCCCCUCAGCGCCCGGAGGACAUGCUGGAGAGAGAAUGAGCCAGAGGGACACGCUGGUGCAUCUGUUUGCCGGGGGAUGUGGUGGCACAGUGGGAGCUAUUCUGACAUGUCCACUGGAAGUUGUAAAAACACGGCUGCAGUCGUCUUCUGUGACACUUUAUAUCUCUGAAGUUCAGCUGAACACCAUGGCUGGAGCCAGUGUUAACCGAGUAGUGUCUCCUGGACCCCUCCAUUGCCUAAAAGUAAUCUUGGAAAAAGAAGGGCCUCGUUCCUUGUUUAGAGGAUUAGGCCCCAAUAUAGUGGGGGUGGCCCCUUCCAGAGCAAUAUACUUUGCUGCUUACUCCAACUGCAAGGAAAAAUUGAAUGGUGUAUUUGAUCCUGAUUCUACCCAGGUUCACAUGAUUUCGGCUGCAGUGGCAGAAGGAAGAAUGGGUACUUUUCAGUCAUCAUGUUUUACUGCAAUCACUGCAACCAACCCCAUUUGGCUUAUAAAGACUCGGUUACAGCUUGAUGCAAGGAGCCGUGGGGAAAAGCAAAUGGGUGCUUUUGAAUGUAUCCGUAAAGUGUAUCAAACAGAUGGACUUAAAGGAUUUUACAGGGGCAUGUCUGCUUCCUAUGCUGGCAUAUCAGAGACUGUUAUAUCUGGGACAAAAUAAAUACUAUAGAAGAGGGGCUUUCUGCUGUCUGAUUCAGCAGGCAGUGUUUUUAAUUGACUUUUGUAAAUGAACAAGGUGAUUUUGAUAAAUUUAUUCUGACCUAGUUUCCUUGAAUGGUAUAUCAUAGAUUCAGGUUUAUUUGGGUUAAAUGUGCUAAUAGGAUAUAGUUUUUAAAUUUUGCUGUUGAGUCAUCUAUACCUUUUAAUACUUUAAAUGUAUCAUAUGUAUGACCCUUAUAAAGAUGUUUGCUGUAAUACUGUUAGGAGACUUUGCCUAUGGAUAUUGCUCUCCCGGUGUAUGACACUUCUACAAUUAAACUCCAGUGUGUUAUUCAUUUCAGUAUA